AUUUUAAGCCAAUCAGAUCCAUCUUCAUGCCCGAAAGCAGCAUUUCAUUGGUUUUACCUAUGUAAUUCUAUUCUUUCUCUAUGACAAAGACUGUGGACUACUUAAAUUUUUUAUAUUGUACAUUUUAGCGAGGACAUACGGUGUCUAUACAGUUUGUAAUUUGACUUCCGGUUCUACUUGAUAGUGGUCGUGCACUCGGACAUUAUGCUGUACGCAAUGGAGUAUAAGCUUACUUGUUUUCUUCUACUUGCUGUUUCACUUUUAUCAGUUAAAGCUGAUCUUCAAGUACAGAUUGUUAAAGAAGGUGUUAAUAUAUACCGGAAUAUAAAUGAAUCCUUGACUUUGAAUUGUACUGCUACCACUAAUGGUGGAGGGCCAUUAGAAUCAAUCUAUUGGAAAAAGGAUAGAAAGGACAUAAAUUCAACCUUAUCCUCUAAUAACUGGGCUGUUAAGACCAUCACAAGCAUUAGUCGAUCGGAUGCUGGUUAUUAUAAGUGUGCUGCAAAAUAUAAGGAUCGUGUAGAAGAUGACGCUGUGUUUGUAAAUGUCAAAGGAAAGCCAAUGAUCUUUAAAUCUGGUGAGCCAGAGCUAUUUACUCGUUCACCUCAGUGGCCUCAAGAUGGUGAUCCUGUUUUGGAUCUACGAUGUCAUGCAACAGGAUCAAAAAUUAUCACCUAUAUAUGGUUGAAGGAUGGGAAAGAAAUAAAGCAAAUGAAUGGAUUUAGUUUUCUUCCUGCAAUAAAUAAUGGUAAAACUCUCAGGUUGUCACCUGUAGGGAAAGACAAGCAGGGGAAGUAUACUUGUGAAGCAAGCAAUAAGUAUGGAAAGGACAGUCAUAACAUUACAGUCCGUGUUUUAGAUCGAUUUGAACAUCCAGUAAUAACAGCUGAGAAGUCUAUCAUUUCUUCAUACAUUGGCGAGGCAAACAUAUUUGUCUGUAAUGGUAAGAAUGUUAUAGAAUUGGAAGCAGAUGCAGCAUGGUUGUUUAAUGGAAAAGAGAUAACAAAGGAGCAAAUUGAAAAUAGCAGCCGUUUACAUGCUGAGGUCAAUUAUGAAGGGUCUAGUAAAACAAUGAGGAUGAGCCUGCUGAUAAACCAAACAUCCCUCCAAGAUGCUGGAAACUAUACUUGUAGAGUAUUCAUCAAUGAUGAAACUAGUGAGCAAACCACUUUAUUGGUCAUCAAAAGGAGAGAAAAAAGACAAAGUGGAGACACAAAGGAAACAAUACUUACAACAAAGGAGUUAGCUGGUCUUAUUGUUGGAGUCAUAUUGCUCAUUACUGCCAUUUUGAUUGUAAUUUUAUAUUUGACUAAGAAGAAAACCAAAAUAAACUAUCCAGAAAUUCCUAAAGGUCCGUUCAAGUAUGGCGCAUUCGUAACAUACAACAGUCAAGACUUUAACUGGGUUGAAAAAAACUUGCUGCCAUUAUUAGAAAAGAAUGGCAUUGAUCUCUGCAUUCAUUACCGUAACUUUGAGCCAGGUGUUGCCAUACACGAAAACAUGGUGAAUAGUGUAUAUAGGAGUAGGGUGGUGAUAGUGGUGAUGUCCAACAACUACAUGAAGAGCAAGUACUGCAGAGCUGAGUUAGAUUAUGCUGUGCAUAGAUCAUUGGAGGAACAUGGAACAAAUCCCUUAAUAAUCUUGUGCAUAGAUCCAGAUAUAAAGAAAAACAGACUACCCAAAGAGAUCAAGAACAAGACAUUUUUGGAUUUUACCAGCAAUGUUGAAAAGGCUACUUGGGAAAAGAGGCUGCUGAAGUAUAUCAAGUGGAGUGAUGAAAAUGAAAAUGCCAGAGAAGACAAAGAAGAGGAAGAAUGUGCCGUAUUGAUUAAACAUUGAUUGAAGAUCAUGUCAUUAAGGUUCCAUUAACUAGUCUAAAGAUGAAGACACAAGUUUGUAUUGUUUGAUGGUAUACAACUUCAUAAUCAUAGGGAGGUUCUCCAUUUCCCUUAUUGAAUAAUGGCUAGUGGUAGUCAUUGAUUGAUUGGACAUUUAAUAUAUCUAGAGCAGACCAAGUUCUUAGGUAGCAAGAUUCAAGAAUCUAGUCCUGACCUGUCUCACUGCAAGUACUCUUAAUUUUUUACUUUUAAUGAUGUUUCUUCUUCACCCUACGGAAACCACUUGUCUCUUUAAUGUCUAGCUUAUAGCAUGGCCUUGAAAUGUGUGAUUUAUAGUAAAAAAAAAAAAAGACCCAAGUUUAACAUUAGGAGUUUUUCACCUCAAAAUUGUUCCAAAAAUUAAAAAAUAUAAAUGUGCAGGUUGUCAAUAACACUGUGACAUUGCAAGUGUGAUGACAUCAAAACAUGUACUAAUUAAAAACUCUACCUUUAUUAAAACUAAAAAUGAGAGAUUAGGGUCCAGUUGGCUUGUAUGUAUGGUGUGAGUGGGUGCAUAUUUCAUCAUGAGAAUGUUCAGCAAUCAACUGUCUAUGUAAUAGAGGCCGGUGCUUAUAUUACUGUUCAAAACUAAUGAUAACUAUAUUGUAACCAAGGUGUUUGAAAAUAAAAAUAACUGGGUGUAACUCUUAGGGUGUUAGAGCUAGGGUUGAGAGUGUAAUGAAAUAUUGCUGAAAAAUUAAAGCAUAUUUCCUGGGCUUGAAGGUUAUACAGAAUCAAAAAAAUAGAAUUACAAUGGGUUUAGAGUUAAUUACUAGCUAUUAUGCAUACUAGAGAGCAAACAAUCCGUGAAACAGUAAUUACUAAAUAGUGCUCAUUAAACAAUAGAAAACAAUGGAAUUAUGCAUGAAAUUGUGCUAUUUCGUAUUACUAAAGUUUCACAGUUAUAUUGUUUGUACUCUACUUUGUUCACGGGUUAAAUAAAAUUACUCUAGACUAUUAGACUAUUAGAUUUAAAUGUACUUAGGAAGGAAAGAUAAUAUGCUAAGUUCUGAAAUGUAUAAAUUAGAUAUACUGUAUAUGCAUGUGCCUAAUAAGCUAUCAUUUAUUGAAACAUAAGUUCAAAGGAAAA